CUGAACUGAACAAAUCCAACAGAUAAGAGUCCCCUCAGCUCUGCAACACCUCAACAUGGCUUCUACAGUGGCACCACCACUCUCACUACACCACCACCACCACCACACUCCCUUCGUUCCCACCCCAAUAUCAAACACUACCAAACAUUCCCUUCUUCCAAUCUUCACUCCAAAAGCAACUCUCUCACUCUCCACCAAAACCCACAACAAAAAAAGCAACCCUUUACUUCAAGAAAUAAACAAGCUCUGUGAGUCUCGGAACCUCACUGAAGCUCUGAAUUUCCUUCAAAAAACAAACGCUCUCAACAAUGCAGAAGCUAUGGGUGUCCUGUUACAGGCCUGUGGUCGCCAAAAGGACAUCGAGACUGGCCGGAAAGUCCACGAGCUGGUUUCGAAGUCGACUCAGUUCAGCAAUGACUUCGUUCUCAACACCCGUCUCGUUACCAUGUACUCCAUGUGUGGCUCUCCUUUGGAUUCUCGUUUAGUCUUCGAUGGGUUACAGAGGAAGAACUUGUUUCUUUGGAAUGCACUUGUUAGUGGGUACGUUAGAAAUGAGCUUUAUGAUGGAGCAAUCAGCUUGUUUAUGGAGCUUAUUUCGGUUACAGAGUUUAAACCAGAUAAUUUUACUUUGCCUUGUGUGAUUAAGGCUUGUGCUGGGCUUUUGGAUGUGGGGUUGGGGAAAGUGAUUCAUGGGAUGGCAAUGAAGAUGGGUUUGAUUUCUGACGUGUUUGUGGGUAAUGCGCUUAUUGCAAUGUAUGGGAAAUGUGGGUUUGUUGAGGAUGCAGUGGAGGUGUUUGAAUAUAUGCCUGAGAGGAACUUGGUUUCUUGGAAUUCCAUGAUUUCUGGGUUUUCUGAGAAUGGGUUUUUUAAAGAGUGUUAUAAUACGUUUAGGGAGAUUUUGAAGGGUGAGGAGGGUUUGGUACCGGAUGUUGCGACUAUUGUCACGAUAUUACCUAUAUGUGCAGCUGAAGGAGACGUAGCUAUAGGAAUGGUAGUUCAUUGUUUGGCAGUUAAGUUGGGGCUGAAUCAUGAUUUAAUGGUGAACAAUGCCUUGAUACACAUGUACUCAAAAUGUGGCUACUUAGCUGAAGCCCAAACUUUAUUUGCUAAGAAUGAUAACAAGAAUGUGGUUUCAUGGAAUACCGUGAUUGGAGGUUACUCUGGGGAAGGAAAUGUAUGCAGAUCAUUUGAUCUGUUACGGGAGAUGCAGAUGGAACCAUGGAAAAUGAAGGUGAAUGAGGUCACCAUAUUGAAUGUUUUGCAAGCUUGUUUAGGGGAAUCAGAAAUGCCUUGCUUGAAGGAACUUCAUGGUUAUUCAUUCAGACAUGGGCUUCAAGAUGAUGAAUUGGUGGCCAAUGCUUUUGUUGCAGCCUAUGCAAAGUGUGGGUCACUUAGUUCUGCCGAACAUGUGUUCUAUGGAAUUGAAACUAAGACAGUAAACUCUUGGAAUGCACUUAUUGGUGGCCAUGCACAAAAUGGUGAUCCAAGAAAGGCCUUAGAUUUGUACAUUCAAAUGACAUAUUCAGGCUUAGCUCCUGACUGGUAUAGCAUUGGUAGCCUUCUUUUAGCUUGUGCCCACCUGAAAUGUUUGCAUUAUGGCAAAGAGAUUCAUGGAUUUGCGCUACGAAAUGGUUUAGAAAUGGAUUCAUUUAUUGGAAUCUCAUUACUAUCACUUUAUAUUCAUUGCAGGAAAAUGUUAUCUGCAAGGGCAUUGUUUGAUAGGAUGGAAAAUAAAAUUUUAGUAUCUUGGAAUGCAAUGAUUGCUGGUUACUCACAAAAUGCACUUCCUGAUGAAUCCCUCAAUCUCUUCCGUCAAAUGCUUUCUAAUGGAAUUCAACCUUAUGAGAUUGCCAUAACAACUAUAUUUGGGGCUUGUUCUCAGCUGUCAGCACUGCGUUUGGGAAAAGAAAUUCAUUGCUUUACUUUAAAGGCUAACCUAACAGAAGACGUUUUUGUUGGUUGUUCACUCAUAGAUAUGUAUGCAAAAAGUGGCUGCAUAGAACAAUCUCAAAGGGUUUUUGACAGUUUAAAGGAGAAAGAUGAGGCAUCGUGGAAUGUUAUAAUUGCAGGAUAUGGAAUUCACGGACAUGGAAACAAGGCCAUGGAGCUAUUUGAAAAAAUGCAAACAUCAGGCCACAAGCCUGAUGGGUUUACAUUUAUAGGACUUCUAAUGGCAUGUAGCCAUGCUGGAUUGGUUAAAGAGGGGUUAAAAUAUCUCAACCAGAUGCAAAGUUUAUAUGGAAUAGAGCCAAAACUGGAACAUUAUGCCUGUGUUGUGGACAUGCUGGGUCGAGCUGGCCAAUUGGAUGAAGCUCUAAAGCUCAUACUAGAGAUGCCUGAAGAACCAGAUGCUGGAAUCUGGAGCUCAUUGCUCAGUUCCUGCAGAAUUUAUGGUGAUUUGGAUAUGGGGAUAAAAGUCGCAGAAAAGUUACUAGCACUGGAACCACACAAAGCAGAGACUUAUGUGCUACUCUCAAAUUUAUAUGCUGGGUCAGGGAAAUGGGAUGAUGUGAGAAGGGUGCGGCAAAUAAUGAAGGAGACUGGCCUUCAGAAAGAUGCUGGCCGCAGUUGGAUUGAACUUGGAGGGGAAGUUUUUAGCUUUGUUGUGGGUGAUGAGUUGCUACCAGAGUCAGAAGAGAUCCGAGAUGUAUGGAGAAGAUUAGAGGAAAAGAUUAGCAUAAUUGGAUAUAAACCCAACACAGAUUCCGUGCUUCAUGAAUUGAGAGAAGAGGAGAAGACUGAGGUGUUACGGGGACACAGUGAGAAGCUUGCAAUUUCUUUUGGGUUGUUAAAGACCACCAAAGGUGCAACACUGAGGAUCUGCAAAAAUCUGCGCAUUUGUGUAGAUUGUCAUAAUGCGGCUAAGUUGAUAUCAAAGGCUGUUGAAAGGGAAAUAAUUGUGAGAGAUAACAAACGCUUUCACCAUUUCAAAGAUGGGUUUUGUUCUUGUCAAGAUUAUUGGUAGGUGAAUGCGUGGGGCUGGGCAAGUAUUCUCCAAUCGUAUUUUGAGUGAAAAUUUCUCAGAGCGUAUCAAGGGGAUUCCAGCUGCACAAAUGAUUGCUUCAGCUUAUUCCCAUGCUCUCCCAUGUCCUUACGACUUUUACGAUAGUUGAUGCUGAAGUGCUGAUUUGAUUACUACACUUUCCUACAAUCAGUGAAAGGCUUCAAUAGCAAGUAUUCUAUAAAAUCAGGUAGCAUUGUAAAGAUUUUAUGCUAUGACCUUAGGUGAAAUUGCUUAUAUAUAAAUGAUGUGUGUUAGAUUAAUUUGGAAAUUUAGCGGUUAUAUUAUAACUAUUCUCUAAUUUGUUCUGUUUUAGUAAAUUGCUGUGUGCUAUGCCCUGGCCGUGGAAAGGUGAAUCUGUGUUCCUGAGAAUGGUACAUGCUGCAUAUGUGCAAGCAUUUGUUGCUUGUUGAAGUUAAUUGCAUAUUUGCUGGGAGGAUCCAUGCGAUCAGUUAGAUAAAUAAACUGGAUGUUGGAAUUAUGUCUUUGAAAGUAGUUGCAUCAUGAUGAGAGGCUUAAAAGUAAUCAUGUCUGUGUCGUAUGUAAAGAUGCAAAGUUCACAUUAAUGUGUAAUCAAUCAGUCCCUAGAGAAUAUGUUUGAUAUUGUAUGUUGAAAUCUAAUUGCACGAUUUGAAGAGGAAGUGUAUGAAUUUCAUUUUGUGUUGAAAAAAUAUUCACACUUUUUAACCCUAAAUAAAUCCUUUUUUUUUUUGGUUGAGGUGUUUUCUUACCCCUCAAAUCAAUGGUCCAGAUCUCUUCUUUGUUUUUACCCUAAUUAUUGCAUUAUAUAAAGUUAUAAACACAAACUUCUUUUCUAACCGUACUAUUUUGAUUCCUCAUUUAUUUAAUUUAUCUUUGCUCUCUUACGAUAUUAAUUCUUGCAUCCCUCAUGUCAUUUUCUUUUCCAAACCUAAAUAGAUGUGUGCAGGCAAAGUCAACUAUUUUCAUUGUUGCAAGAUUGAGUACCCAAAUUGUCUUCUCACCUGUAAAUCUCUCUAUUUCCAAUUCUAGUUCAAAUGGACAACACAUUCCACGAGGUAAAAAAUAAAUUCCAUACUUUUCAAAAAGUAGUUGUUAAUCUCGGUAACCUUCUUUAUAAACAAACUCACUCUUGAAUACUUUGGUAAGCUUACUGACUUUUAUUUAUUUAUUUGGUGUUUGAAAUCUGAUAAUUUUUUGUAUUUGGUGUUUAAAUUUCAAUUUCAAGUGUAUGAGAAACUUGGGGGAUUUGGAGGAUCGCAUAAGUUGGUUGCCAGAUGAAAUACUCAUCGCUAUACUGUCUUUGUUGACAAUGAAAGAAGCAAUCAAAACUCAUGUUCUUUUGCUUAGGUGGAAAUAUUUGUGGGUGUUCCCUGAUACUUUGGACUUCCAGUGCAGGACAUUGUGGGCCAAAAGAAAAAAAAUUCAAAAUCAAAAGAAGUUUGUGAAAAGGGUGAACUGUAUUCUAAAAUUAUAUUGAGCCUCAACUAUAGACAAGUUCAGAGUCUGUUUUGAGUUAGAUAAACAUUUUACACGUCACAUUGAUAAAUGGAUUGAUUUUGCAAUCUCAAAGAGAGUCAAAAGGCUUGAAUUGGACUUUACACCAUUGAUGACUAUGAACCAAUGUUAUACAUUUACACAUAAGCGGUUUACAAGGAUUAUAAAUUCUAUUGGAGAUUUCCUGACAUCCCUCACUCUAAUGUGUGUCAAUGUAACCGGCAAGCUUCUGGAUCACUGCCUUUCCAAUUGUCCUGUGCUUGAAAGGUUACAAUUCUCUAUCUCUAGUGAGACUGAAAAUUUACAGUCCGUCACUGCAGUUGUAGUACCUACACAUAAUAAAUUAUUCACAAAUUAAAAGUAUUGAAAUUUUUGCUCCAAAUCUUGAGUAUUUUGGAUUUGUUGGUUCAAGAAUAGAGUUCUCUGUUAAUUAUGCACCCCGUCUUCUAGAUGUACUUGGUGGAAUAUAUUUCUCACCUAUGAGUUAUUUAUUUUGCCCUCUGUCAAGCUACUUGUCUCAACUACAGUGUUUGAAACUCGACAUUUGCCAUUGCAAUUAUAGUGAAUUGGAAUACCCUGAAUUGAAGUGAGUUGCUGCAUUUGUUGAUGGAAACCUCCUUGGCUUAAUCUCUAUAAUAGAAGCGACACAUGUUUUACAUAAAUUUUCCAUGGAGUUGACAUGUUUUGCGUGGUCUAAAUGCCCACAUAAAUAUAGAGAAUCAAGGAAGGCGAUGAAACAUCCCAAUGAACACCUCAAGGUGGUGGAAAUAGAUGGAUUUGUUAUUAAUCCUCGUAAUCCACAUUUAGUGGGAACUCCUCAGGAUAAAGAGAACGAAGGCGCCAGAGAAUGUGCUGAGCAACUAAAGAAACAUCUACCCCUAGGAGCUGAGUUAAUUAUAUUGUAAUCAUCAUCAUUAAUAUUAGCAAGUGAUUAUGUGUGAUUAUCUAUAUAUUAGAGAUUUUAAAUUGUUUUUACUGUAAUGAUAUUUGAUUUUAUAUCCAAGCGGUUGUGACAUGGACUGCUAAUUGUUAAAAUGUGAAGGUUGUGCCUUCUGUUGUUUC